GCUUAUUGAUUAUCAUCUUCAUCAAUCUGAUAAACGCUGGUGUUAUAAAACCAGCUCCAGUCACUGGCUCAUGCGCAACCAGGACGUAUUUCCUGCAUCGCGAUACAACCGGAAGUGGGCGGAGCCAGUGGCUGGUGGCGGAUUGUAAACAAAAAGUUAGCCGUUAGCUUUUAGCCGAGCUGCACAGGGCGGAUAUAAGAGGAGGACAAGAGUCGGUGAGCUUCAGGAUGAAGGCCUCCUCUCUGCGCCUCCUCCUCUCUCCUCUCCGCCUUUUGACGGCGGCCAUGUGGCAGGUGAUCCAGCAGCAGAGCGUGAAGCAUUAUGGGAUGCUGGAGGAGUUUGUUACCCUGGUGACAGAGGCCAUCCCACAGCUGCUGACAGAAAGGCAGAGAGGUGUUCUUCUGCUGGCUCUGAGGGCCAAGGUGACCCUUUCUCACCCUGCUGAUGAUCAGACUCACCUGGAGAGAAUCCGCUGCAUCUCCAAAGCAUCGCAGGAUGAACAGCUGACUGAGUGCUGCUCUGCUCUCCUCUCUCUUACUCAGACUCCUGCUGACUCACAGUGCCUCCUGCAGGAAGUGUUUGACCAGCGCUUUGACUCCGCCCUCCAGGCGCUGCUGUCGGACCUCCUGACCCGGAUCGAGCAGCUGUUUCCAGUGCCGGACUUCAGACAGGUGCCCAGAGCCUCUCCUCUUCCUCACGCCUCCGUCUGUUUGACCCGCUGUCCGUUCUUCCUGCAGGCGGCCUGUUGGCUCCACGAUGCCCCCUGUGUUCUGGAGGACUUUCUGCAGGAGACGGACAGGAAACACCUGAUGGAGCUCCUGACCAAUCAGAGCUGCCGACUGGGCCGAGCAACAACCGCAGUUUCUGGUGAAACUGAGGAAAUGCUCCUGUCAGCCUGGUCCCACCCACUCCUCACUAGCCCCGCCCACCCUGACCAAUCCGGCCAAUCAGAGGGAGGCCCGCCUCAGCUGAACGUGAAGGUGGAGCUGAUGACGCAGGACAUGAUUGGUCAAAGCGGGUCGGAGGAGGAGCUGGAGGUGUCCAAUCUGAGCCCAGAGGGAGGCGGAGUCACACCUGUGGUUGAGGGUGGAGUCAGGAUGAAAGACUCACCUGGCCAAUCAGAGGGCUCUCAGCUCACAGCCAUUUCCCAUAAUUCCCAGCGUGUAGCUCACAGGUGUCCUGCGUGUAGAAAGUGCUUCAUCUACCGCUCUCAGGUGAUCCGCCACCUGCGCUCUAACAGAACCUGCGGGUCGUCAGGAAAAUCCGAAUCUGGAGCCCUGCAGGGUCGGAGUGAGGGGGAGCCCCGCCCCCUCCGGGCCCACGCCUGCUUCCAGUGCAGCUCCACUUUCACCACCAGAACCGAGCUGGUGACCCACUGCCGCACUCACCUGACCCGGCCCGUCUACCGGUGCAACCAGUGUGACAGCGCCUUCCAGCUCCAGUCCAGCCUGACCAAUCACAAGCAGACCCACCGUCUGCACGACCUCACCUGCUCCGUCUGCGCGCAGACCUUCAGCUCGCAGACGCGGCUGCUGCGCCACCUGCAGACUCACUCAGCCGAGGGAGCCGAGUGCGUCUACAGGUGUCUGUUCUGUGACCAGAGCUUCUCAGGAGUCACUCAGCUGCGCAUCCACCAGCGCAGCCACUCCUCCCGCUCCUACCAGUGCGAUCAGUGCGACAAGUCGUAUAGCUCGGUGACGGGGCUGCAGUCGCACCGCGCCACCCACAGCGGCGACAACCGCUUCCUGUGCCUCAGUGCGGCAAGUGCUUCAAGACCUGCGACGGCCUGGAGGGCCACCUGAGGACCCACAG